UAUACCCGGGCGGGCCUGCCCCGGGUCACUGCGCGGAGCGGCCCGGGCAGCCGGCCGCGGGGAGACCCCCCCCCGGGAGCGGGCCUGGGGAGCGGCCUGGCGGCUGGGGCCUAGCGGGGCCUGGACCCCAGCGCCGCCGGCCCACAGUGUGGCGGGGAGGGGACUCGGCCGGGCCUCGCAGCCCCCGCGCCCCCGUCAGUCCGCACCCUGACAGCGGGCCCUGGUCCGUUCCGGUCCCUGCCGAGGAGCAGGCCCCGAUCCCCAUUGGCUUCUUUCGGCGGGGCCCCGAGCGGACGGGGAAGGCCGCUGUGACUGUCCGCCCGGGGGAGCAGGGAAGUGGGAACAGCCGUAGGCUGUGUGCGGUCCCCUCCGCCAUGCGCUGGGGUCGGGGGUACUACAGCAGAGUUCGCCCAGACGUCACUGCCCGAGCAAUGGCUGAGGUUCGUCAUUUCGAGCUGAAGGAUGGGUCCACCUUGUACUGACUUAGCAAGGGACUCUGGUUCUUGGUGUGUAGUUGGCAGAUUCGCAGGUGGCCGAGGACGGGAAACACCUGGCUGUAUCUGCUACGCUAGAAACAAUGAUUUGCAAGGCACUAAUAGUUCUGGAUCGUUGGGUGGUCUUGAUGUUCGCAGACGAAUCCCUAUAAAGCUCAUCUCCAAACAGCCCAACAAAACCAAACCUGCACCACGCGCUCCAAGAAUUAUGAACAGGAUGCCUUCAAAGGCACAGGCUGGUGAUGAAGAAGAAUUUGAUUAUAAUGAAGAGGAGCGGUAUGACUGCAAAGGAGCGGACAUGUUUGGGAAUCCAAGAAGAUUCCCUGGACACAUAUUUUGGGACUUUAAGAUAAACUUGCUGGGAGAAAAGGAUGAUACCCCAGUCCAUUUCUGUGACAAGUGUGGAUUGCCCAUCAAAUUGUAUGGGCGCAUGAUACCUUGCAAGCAUGUUUUCUGCUAUGACUGUGCUAUAUUACAUGAGAAGAAGGGCGACAAGAUGUGCCCAGGCUGUAAUGAUCCCGUGCAGCGAAUUGAGCAAUGUGUGCGAGGGUCUCUCUUCAUGUGUAGCAUUGUUCAAGGGUGCAAGAGAACAUAUUUGUCUCAGAGAGACUUACAAGCUCACAUCAACCAUCGUCAUAUGAGAGCUGGAAAACCUGUUACCCGUCCUCCACUUGAACCUGUUCAUCCUCCUAUUGCCCCACCUCCUGCUGAAAUUCCUGAGCGUUUCAUAAUGCCACCUGAUAAGCAUCAUAUGAGCCAUAUCCCACCAAAGCAGCACCUCAUGAUGCCGCCACCUCCUUUACAGCAUGUGCAGCACGAGCAUUAUAACCAACCACAUGAGGACAUUCGUGCACCCCCUUCAGAGAUGUCAAUGGCUCCACCACCACCUCGCUCGGUCAGUCAGGAUACGUUUCGUAUUUCCACGAGAAAACACAGCAAUUUAAUAACUGUCCCUAUUCAGGAUGAUUCAAAUUCAGGUGCUCGAGAACCACCUCCACCAGCCCCAGCACCUGCUCAUCAUCAUCCUGAAUAUCAGGGUCAACCAGUGGUAUCCCAUCCUCAUCAUAUUAUGCCUCCACAGCAACAUUAUGCACCACCCCCGCCACCACCACCACCAAUAAGCCAUCCAAUGCAACAUCCUCCCCAGGGAGCAGGUACUCCUCAUAUGGUUUAUAGCCAAGCUCCACCACCACCGAUGACCUCUGCUCCACCACCAAUAACCCCUCCCCCUGGACACAUAAUUGCCCAAAUGCCACCAUAUAUGAAUCACCCUCCUCCAGGACCUCCCCCUCCUCAACAUGGUGGCCCACCUGUAAAUGUAAAUGCACCCCCUCCCCAUCACUAUAAUCCUAACUCUUUGCCGCAGUUCAGUGAAGAUCAAGGAACUCUCAGCCCUCCUUUUACACAGCCUGGGGGAAUGAGUCCGGGGAUGUGGCCCGCUCCAAGAGGGCCUCCUCCACCCCCAAGAAUGCAAGGUCCACCUUCUCAAGCCCCACUUCCUGGACCACAUCACCCAGAUCAAACCAGAUAUAGACCAUACUACCAAUGAUAUUAACAAUAAUUUGAACUGAGUAUGCUAUGGGAAGGAUAAACUAUAUACAGCAGCCUUUUAAUGAAUCUGUUUUUGGGGUCUCUUUUUUCUUCUUCCUUUCCCCCCUUCCCCUUUCAAAGAAAUACAAUGGUUGUGACUAACACACUCUGGGGACUAGACUCUUGAUUGAUUUUUAUACCUUGACCGUAGGACUCUGACUUCAAAUAUACUGUAGUGCUAAGAUAAGUGGCUCAGUAGAUAACAGCUACAUUUUUAACAAACUGUGUCCCUAGUGAGGUUAAAGUCUCUGAGAGAUGGUUAUUUGUAAUAUUAUUUCCUGAAAAAUUGAACACCCAUUGUACCACUCUAUUGUUUUUGUUAAAUCCAAUGUUUAGUUUUACUUGUGAUACUUUUUUGUUAACCUGUGUACAAUAAUUAAAUUUAAAUAUGGUUGUAAAAAUGCUGGGUUUUUAUGUGAAUUUGAGCACAGACACAAUUUCUGAAAAAACAUUCCAUGUUUUGACACUAAUACUUUUCCAUAUGGCAUUAUAAUAUAAUGUUUGGUGUAAGAGACGUUCAAGUUUUCCUUAGCAGUAACAUUGUAGUAAAGUCUGAUGAUCCAAGUUUAAGGAGCUGUAAAUCUGAAGUGCAGAAUCUUGCAUUUCACACAGAUUUUUAAAUUUUGAGGCAACUUUGGGCGCACAGGGUGAAUGGUACAUGAAAGACACAGUUUUGGUGAUAACAUGAAGCCAUGUUGUCUUAACAUUUUAAAAUCUUCUUUUCUUAGCUCACUUCUUGUUUGGAAAAUUCUGGUUAACUUGAGAUCUCAUACACUCCCUACUGGUGUUGAAUUCAUGUCUUGUGCAUUUACUCAAUGGAUGUUUUCACAUAAAAGGUACCAUGUAUUGACUCACCACGUUCCUGAUAUGAAGGAAUAUGAUUUUUUGGGACUUGUUUUUUGCUUUUUCUAUAUAAAUGGUAAUGUAGAGUAGGAGUAUUCUACUUUGAUAACCUGGAGUUAGGGAUCUGACAUCUCUUAGGCAGAUUAAAAAUACAUGUGUAUAAAUCAUGUCAAAUUUUUUUGCCAGAUUUGAUGACAUGGCUAAUGGUUUACAGGAUUUAAUAAUAUGUUUUAACCAUGGUCUUAAGUAGAUUUGAUACUGUCAGGUCCCUUUGGGCCCCAAAUUUAGGUUUUUGUAAAACUAUUUUUUUUAAUCCAUUGAAAACAGGUGUAAGAAAUAAAUAUCCUAUUUAACACUAGUUGUGUUAGUGCAGGAGAGCCAGAGAAUCCAACUGUUUACACUGCUCUCAUUGUCCAAGCAGAGUGCUCACUUUUUACAUUGCAGCCAACAUUAGUGUUGAAAAAUCAACAUUUAAAAAAAAACCAAAUUUUAAAAAUUAAGGGGGUUUAGAGAUAACUAAUCUAUUUUUGACUUAGGUGUCUAGUCUCACAUUGUUUUAGAGGCACGAUGUAGGAAACCAUCUGCUUGUUAGAAUUUUCUCAAAGGCUUAAUUUAUUUACUUCCGUAAGUUCCGUUUUUGCCUCUAACCUAAUAUAAGUUGUUUGCAUUGAGCCUGUCAGAGCACCUGUUGGCAGAACAUUCCAGACUUUCUAAUGUUGCAUAUAAAAUGAGUGUUGUCUGGCCGUCACGUCAAGGACUCUGUUAGGCUUGUGUUCUGUUCCUGAAUCUGCCAUUGAUGUGCUGGGUGAUGUUGGGACCUGAGUUAGGACCUGAGUUUUGAAUUUAGGUGCAUGCAAACUCCAUAAAUGGGUGUGAAAAUCAAAUACUUAUUUUGCACAAAUAGCUAUUAUGUGUCGGAUUGUCCCGUUGCCUGUGCGGUUGUAAUGUGACUGACUUAAAAAAAAAUCAGGCUUCUUUGCCUUGGUUUCCCUAUCUGCAAAAUAGGAAUAAUACCCACCAUUGUUAAACUAUGGCAGAGACCAAUCCAAUACACAGGAUUUCUGCAUCUUUUAUUAUAUUGCUUUUAGGGGUGACAAGUUCAUUCUGAGAAAGGCUGAAGAGGAAGUACUUGCAUGUGUUUUGCAUUACUUGGCUAUUUACAAAUGUAGCAAUACAGGAAACUAUUUCUCUGUUCUCUGGUGCAUACUUCAGGUCCUUCCAAAGGACAAAUUCAGCAACGUUUGUAUCUAGUUCAAGUACAGCCUUUCUAGAUUUACUUAUAUCCAUGGGUAAAUUCUAAAUUCAUGGGUUAUGUCUGGUUUUGUGCUAAUUCUCAAGUAAGUUUCGCUGUCUUUUUCUCUUUGGACACAUCUUGGUGGCAGAAUAGGUACAAUUUCCCGUCAGAAGAAGAGCGAUGGAGUAUAAGCUCAAAUAAGUAUCUAAUGCAUGGGAAAUAUGAUUUGAACUUCUAAGUUUCUAAAUGUAUUACAUUGUCAGGAACAAUGUACUAUGCAAGACUUGUGUUCAUUUUCAUUUGAUUUCUAUGUCAGAUUAGGAUAUUAAAGUGUGUUAUGAAUUGCAUUUCCAUUUUGGCAGAUUUAGUUGUUCUAUGAGUUAAAACAAUUCUUGCUCAGUUGGUAUUAAUCAUCUCUGUCUAGUAAUGAUACACUGAUAACUGAUUUUGCAGGUAAAUUAUAUACAUAUUGUGCUUUUAGGCUAUUUUGUCUAUAGCAAAAUUGAAGUUGAAAUAAUGCAUUAGCUUUUAUUAUUAUUGGGAACAAUAAAUGAAAAUCGUGAGGUUUAA